AAAUAUAUGGAAAGCAAUACAGAGGUUGUUGAGAAUUCCGAGGCACAUAUCGAAUUGGAUUGUUCAAGUGAUGCAGAAAAGAAAUGUAGUAAUGGUGCAACACUUGGUACAAUAGCAACUGGAACAACACUUGCUGAAGCAUCAUCAUUGUCAUUCGUUGCUCCAGACGAAUUGCCAUUGGUUUCUCUUGAAAAUAAUGCAACACCACAAAAAGAAUCCGACCAUGAUUCUUGUUACAAUAUGCGCGAUAUAACUGAUUCGCGACGCAAAUUUCGCAUAAUUGGCUUAAGGUUUCCUGGUAAAUGGAUUAACCAUGAAAAACUUGGAGGAAUUCUUGCAAAGAGCGAAUCGUUUCAUGUAUGGUUCGAUAAAACUGAGAAAGGUUUUGCUUCAUUUUAUGCAUUAGUUAAUUGUGGUGGUGCAAGUAUAACUUUCGAAACAACCGAAGAAGCUCAAGCUGCUUUUACAGCUAUACAUAGAAUGGCGGUUGAUGGUUUUAAAUUGCAAGCUUCUAAACCUUUCUACGAUGAAAUGGCAAAUGCUAAUUUCGCUCGUUCUUUGCCAGCUAUACCAUUCAAAAUUAAUGUUUCGGAUCCAGAUUCAUCAAGGCGUUUAUACGCUAUUCAUUUAACCUCUUCAACUGAUCAGAUGUUAUUAUCAUCAAUUCUUGGAAGUGAUAGCAUUGAAAUUAUUAAUAUUGGAAUGGAUCCAUUUGUUGCUAAUGAAAAACAAGCCGAGAUCACAUUUCGAUCAGCUGAUGAAGCAAAUGAUGCAAAAAUUGAACUUGCUGAUGGUUUCGAGAUAGAUGAAGGCGAUCGUCAGUCUGUAAUGAAAUUGCUAACAGCCGAAGAAUAUUUAUCUCAUAUGAAAAAGGAAAGCGAAAAGGCACAUAGUUUGCGUGCAACAACGACGUCUAGUGAAUCGUCAGUUAUGUCCCCAGGUUCCGCUUCUUUUAUCCCAGCGCCAUCAAUCAGUGUUGAAGACGUUGCUAAUUUUCUGCAACAGCACAUUGAUGCUACUCGUACGAAUUGGGCAGAAUUAAAUGAAGUAGAUGAGCUGUGGAAGUUGUGUGACGAAGUAAGCCAUCAGCACAAAGGUAUACCUGAUUCGUUAUUAAAACCGGGCUUGUUGAUGGUGCUUGAACAAUAUCUCAGAACUUUGCCCAGCAAAUGGAUGCGUCAACAUGUUGAAGAUUUAAUUAAAAUAUGGAAGCGGGAGGUACAAAGCACGAAAACAGCACAUCGGCCUACAGCAUUUAUGAUGUCUGCUGCUCCUUAUUCUCCUCCUAAUAAUCAAAGUCCAAAAAAAGUUAUAACCAGUGAUAAAAAAAAGCGAGCAUUAACUACAAUGAUGUGUGUCGGCGAGUCGCUAAAGAAAGUUCGAACAACAUUGGCAGUAGAAGAAGGGGAAUUAGAAGUCGACGAAGAUGAGCAUGGAAUUUUCACAAUCGAAGGAGAACCGUUAACUUUCGAAUCGUGGAGAAAGUUUAACAAAGAGAAAGAAGUGGUUACAUUGCCAUUACCAUGUCCCAUAAAGCCGGAUUUCCAAAAAAUUAGGAGUCGUCACAGAAAAGAAUUACGUGAGAAGAUUGGGCAGGAAAAAGUGAUGAAAUUGCAAGAAACAUCAGCAGAAAAAUAUAAAGAAGAACCAAUAGUUGACAGUGAAAUUAAAGAAACUCAACCAGUUGAAGAAUCCAGCGUUCUACAAUCUGAAUUACAGGCCUCAGCGGAAGAACUUGAAGAAGGUGAAAUGUUAGAAAGUUCAUCGGAAGCUUCAUCUUCAUCAAGUCAUACAUCUUCAUCAGAUAGUGAAGAUUUUCCAUCACGAAGUCGUAGACGAAAGCGAAAGGCUCAUAAAAGAGAUCAGAAUCCUCGUUCUUCAUUAUUCAGUUCAAUGGAACAAAGUUCACGAUUUACCUCAUUGUUUAAGCAGUUAUAUGAACGACGUCAAAUUCUCGCCAAAGGCCUUUCACCAUCACAGAAAACUAAUCUUAUAAAAAUUAUAAAUCAGGUAACUUCAUCUCCACAUGGAUAUACGUCAGCUCAACAAAAUAUGUUGAAAUUAUUUAUCCGCAACUUUGCAAAACAAAAUCAAAAUCUUUCCAGCAAAUAG